GAAGAAACGUCCUAUAUGAAAUUGAAAUCGAUGAAAGAUACAUCAAUGUUUAUUGAUAAAUUAAAGGAAGAAAGGAUUUUAUUAAAUUCGGCUCUGGAAAAUUCCAAAAUAGAAUUGUCAAAAAUUGCGCUACAAAACAGUGAAUUAAAGAAAGUAAUUGAACAAGAACGUAAGGAAUCGGAGCGAAUAAAAAUGGAUUUGCUGAUUGCUGUGAAAGUAGCAAAUGAAUUUCGCAUUGAAGCACUAUCCAAACGAAUAGCUGAAGCGCAAGAAAGAGAUCUUGCCACAGCCAUUAUUUUUAAUCAAGAAACGAAGAUGGCUUCUCGAGAAAAAAAGUGCCAAAAUUGGGAGCAGGAAGCAUGGAAAAAGCUUAUGGUUGGUUGUGAGAAUGGUUCACGUCGUAUUGCUCUUCUUCGAUGGUGUCAGAAAGCAGUUUCCCAAUUUCCAAACAUCAAAAUAAAUAAUUUUACUAGUAGUUGGUCAGAUGGCCAAGCUUUGUGCUAUUUGCUGGCUUCAUUCUAUCCAGACAAAUUGAAUGCUAAUAAGAUUUCUGCGAUGAAGGCUGAAGAGUGUUGGAUUAUGGCGUUAAGAGCAGGUAUUAGCAUAGGAAUAGAAGUAAAGGUAAAUGGGGACGAUUUUAUAAAUGGGAUUUGUCCAGAUUGGUCCAAAAUUAUGAAGUAUGUCCUGAAUUUGUACUAUAUCGUCUCGAAUAAUUGUGAUUCUUGA